AGGAAGGUUACGACUCUUACUGAAGAACAAACUAAGUUUGUCAAUGAGAGCCAAGAGAAGUGUUACCGCCUUCUUCGUGAAACCCAUCCAAAAGGAGCUCAUUUUGCGGAAAGUGUCAAGCACAUUCUUCAACGAGAACUUGAAUGGGCAAGGUGGAAGAGCGAGUCAUGCCCAAACAUGGCAGACCUCGCGGACAAACAGCAAAUGCAACCCUAUAAAAAGCGGCCGCGAACAAAAUUUGAUCCCAACGAGAUUGACAUUGGAACGCCUGAAUUGACGAAACUGUGGAGCAUCGAACCCGAUCUUUUAUCUGCUUGUAAGGAUAAAAGGCGGAAAUUUGCUCCGGCUCUAGCAGACUUUCUGCGAGAUCCAAUAGAUGAACUCGAUCCUGAUCAACAGGUGGAGGACCAGUACAAAUCAACUCGAGACCCCGCGUUCCAGUUUCGUGCCUGCAGACUGCUUAUGGUAGAAAGCUCACAGUAUAUUUCUGCUCAAAAUCAACAGACCCUCAGUAUACCUCAAUUUCUUGAUAAUGUAAUAUUGAAGACGGGGAAAAAUAUGGAUGAGUUUCGAACGGAACUUCAAGAACGGGAAGAAAGGCAAGCAAGAAGAGCGGUGGAGGAGUCGUUGUUACGAAAUCGUUCGAAUGGCGUUGAAGGAUCAGCAUCGCCGGGUCCCGAUUAUGAAAUGAGUGACUCAACAUUAGCAAAACUAGCGUCUAUAUUGGCAUCCCAAUGGAAAAAGUUGGCGGAAGCCAUGGAAUUAAGCGACAGAAGAAUACAAGAGUUAAAGGGUCAAACAGAUGCCGAAAGCUGCUCUGCAGUUAUAAAACACUGGACAGAAACAAAUGGUCGUUAUUUCAAGAAACUAAGGAAUCUCCUACUCCAUGCGCAUCUCUUGUCAGAAGUUGUCGUCGAGGUUCUGAAGGGCUUGAAAGAUGGGGACGACAAGGAAGCAAGGCUGUCAAGACGGCGGCGAAUGAUGGAGAGAACAGAAAUCAGCUCAGAUGAAGACGAGGUUUCCGUUGCCAGUGGUCGAGUGUCGGAGGCAAGUGAAGGUGAAUAUGACAUUGAAGAUAUUGCUCGAAUCAAAGCCAAAGAGUACUUGCAAAAACUUCACGAAUCUGGAAAAACAGAAGAGGAGAUAGGUGAAACACUCAAGGAAGACGCUGCAGUCAAAGCAGGAACAUUACGACGACAGCUGGCUGACUUGGCAGAAUUACGUGACGAGGAAGAGAUGACUUACAGAGCGCAUAGGUUCAGUCCCCUUUCGGUAGCAAUUUCACCUUGUGGAAAGUUCGUUAUCAGUUCGGGGAAAGAGUCAAGCAUAGUGAAAUAUGAUAUUAUCGCACGAAAAAUUGUUGGAACUAUAAAACGUACAAAAACCGGUGGUGAAGGUCAGAAAGCGCAUCACGGACACAUUUUCGCGGUGGCCGUUUCUCCUGAUGGGAAGUAUAUCGCGUCUGGUGGCCACGAUGCUGUUUUGAAGAUCUGGGAUUUCAAUACCCUUGCACAUGUGCGGGAUUUCAAAGGGCAUCGUGCGCCAAUUACGGCCCUUUGUUUUCAGCUGAAAAGAAAUUGUUUGUUCAGUGCCAGUCGCGAUCGAUCUUUAUGGGAUUUGGACCAAAUGGGCUUAGUUGACACCAUGUAUGGUCAUCAAGAUGUCGUCAUGAGUGUAAGUGCUCUUCAAAAGCAGCGAGUGGUUACAGCUGGAAGGCAAGAUCGAAGCUGUCGCCUGUGGAAAGUGGAAGAUGAGAGCCAGCUGGUAAGAGCUGCUACUUUUUUAUACAAGGGGCGGCAAAUGACGGCAAAGUGA